AUGCGUGUGUCUAUCGCUUCCACUCUUGGCCUCCUAGUCACUGGUGCCAUUGCAGAAUGCCCGUAUGCCAAACACCAAAGAGGGCCUAGCAAAUGUCCUUAUGCUAGCGAUCUCGUUCUCUUUACGAGCGAAAGACGUGCAGACGGACAGUCCGACAUCUACAGAAUUAAACCCGACGGCACCGGCCUCGAAACGCUUGUCGAGACAGACUCAUUCGAGGAUUCUGGAAGCUUGUCUCCUGAUGGCUCAAAGCUUGCCUACAUCUCCACCACCAUGAACUAUACGGCCAACGUCUUCGUCAAGGAUCUCCAUACAGGGGCUACGCAUAAUUUCACUGGAAGUGACGAGUCUGUAAUCAACUUUGCUGGCAUCAACUCGGGCAUUAACUACACAGCGUCCACUGAGACUCACCAAUAUCUCAACGGCUCUAUGCGCAACCCAUCAUGGUCACCUGAUGGCACUCAGGUCGUCUACGAAGUGUACUAA